AGCGUCUACGAAAUGGUUUAGGUGGGGAAUACAUAAUAUCAAUAAGUAUACAAACCACCAACCUUGAGCCUAGUUUGGUGAGUUCGAUAAACUCUGCGGUUGAUCUGGUGGUUAUACCGCUGCAACUUUAUCAAAUGCAAUCUUUCAUUUCGUUGGGAUUGAACAAUCAGAAAAUUGUUCUUGAUGUGCAACUACCACAAGUUUUGAGCUGCCCGCUGGAUACUGGAACUAAUAAUCUCUUUGCGGAGAUUGAAUCGACCGUGAGAUUGAUCGAGAGUAAAAAUCUUAUGGCAGCAGCAAUCCAGCUCGACCGAGACGAUGUGUCCGGUGUUUGCGGAAAAGGUGACUUCCCACUAUCCAAGAAGUUGUUCACCUGCUGUUCCCAACGCACUGGCAGUCCUUGUAGUUUCAACGGUUACAUUCGUGAUACUCGCGACUGCUCCCGCUUCUACUCGUGCAACAAUGGAGUGCAAAACCAGAUGUUCUGCCCGCAAGGAUCUUCAUUCGAUCUCUGCAGCAGCUCUUGUCAACCAUCAAUUCAAGUCAACUGUAAUCAGACCACAUGCACCUUGAUUGGAGCGAUCAAUGGAGGUAACAAUGCUGUAGUUCCAAUACCUUUUCCAUUUCCGUUUCCAGGAAGCUGUGGCCAUGGAAGCCAUGGUGGCCAUGGAGGCCAUGGUGGCCAUGGUGGCCAUGGAGGCCAUGGUGGCAAUAAUGGCGGCAAUAAUGUAGAUUGUUGUUUCAACUCGACGGGCAUCGUUGUACUUCAUAACCAAACGUUCGAACUUAUGAAGCUGUUGGAAAGUCUCGGCUUAGAGCCAGACACAUUUCGCAUUUUGAACGAAGGUCUCAGUGGCUUGACUCCCACGUUGAAGGAGGUAGUUGGGUUGGUUAACAAUUUGCUUGGUGGAUUGCUGGGACACGGGAAAAAGAUGGAUGAAGCUUCGGAGAAAACGGACGAAUUACUUAAAAACUUAGGAGUAGUCGGAGAAUUAUUAAAAAAUCUUACAAAGCUACUUAAUGACCUACUGAAAGGAUUACUAGGUGGAGGCUUACUUGGUGGUGAAGGUGGAGGUCUUCUAGGUGGCGGAGGAAGCCCUACUGACGCAGUUGGAGGUUUACUAGGAGGCUUGGGAUAAUAAGUUUGUGUUCCCGUUAUGUCAUCAAUACC